GAGCAGCGCUUGUCCCGUCCUGAACGUGGCGGGAGUCAAAAUGAAGCCGUGAGGUAAACAAGAAACAAAAUAAGUCUCUUCACACGGUGUCUGGCCAUGAGCCGGUUACGUUCAGCGAUGCAUAAAGGCAAAAGAGCCGCACAGGAAAUGGUAGAAACUGCAAAACCAAAGCGCAAGAGGACAAAGACUGCAGUGAAAGAAGAGGAAACCACAAAUGCUGCCUUGCCGUCCGCGUACCACACCUUCCCUGAUCCUGCUGAUGUUCUGCAGCUGCGCUCUCAGCUCCUGAACUGGUACGACAAGGAGAAGAGAGAGCUGCCAUGGAGGACUCUGGCUAUGACAGAACCAGACCUCAACAUUAGGACAUAUGCAGUGUGGGUUUCAGAGAUUAUGCUGCAGCAGACUCAAGUUGCCACAGUAAAAGACUACUACAACAAAUGGAUGAAGCGGUGGCCCACGGUGCAGGACCUUGCAUCUGCUACACUUGAGGAGGUGAACCAGAUGUGGGCGGGUCUUGGCUACUACUCCCGGGGGAAAAGACUGCAUGAAGGAGCUCAGAAGGUUGUGACAGAGCUGAAGGGACAGAUGCCUCAGACUGUCGACAGCCUGCUGAAACAGUUACCUGGUGUGGGACGCUACACUGCUGCAGCUAUAGGCUCUAUUGCACUGGGACAGGUUACUGGAGCCGUGGAUGGCAAUGUGAUUCGAGUGCUGUGUCGCCUGAGGGCUAUAGGAGCUGAAAGCACAAGUCCUGCAGUAACAGAGGCACUGUGGGGUCUAGCCAAUACACUGGUGGACCCAGAGAAACCUGGGGACUUCAACCAGGCCAUGAUGGAGCUGGGAGCACGAGUGUGCACCCCUAAAGCACCAGUGUGCAACCGGUGUCCUGUACAGUCUCACUGCCGCUCUUAUCGCAAGGUUCAUGUCAAACAAGAGCAAAACUCUAAGAAGCUUUUGUUGAAGCUGGAGAGGAAGACUUCAUCCCUGCCUGAUAUAGAAGACUGUGUGAGCAGUGGGACUUGUCCGCUGUGUCCCUCGGAUCCCUGGGACGAUGAGUUGGGCGUUCAGAACUUCCCCAGAAAGCCGGCAAAGAAGCCACCCCGAGUGGAGCGAACUCUGACCUGUGUGGUGAUCAGACCUGGAGAGGAGGGAGAGGACGAGUACCUGCUCACACAGAGACCGAACAAAGGUUUGUUGGCAGGCUUGUGGGAGUUUCCAUGUCUUCUGCUGGAGGAGGAGAACUCUGAGAUGAAGCAGAAGAGGGCGCUGUGUGCUGUGAUCAGCAGGAUACUGGGAACUCCUCUGACUGAGAGCCUCUGCAAGUAUGUUGGAGAGGUGGUUCACAUCUUCUCCCACAUCCACCAGACAUAUGUGGUUCACAGUGUGCGUUUGAAGGACGGUGACACACAAACACAGACUGAAAAUGCACAGUGGCUGAGCAGAUCUGCUCUACAUGAAGCUGCUGUGUCCACAGGACUGAAAAAGAUUGUGAAGCUCUACGAUUCUGUGGACAAUCAAGAAGAACAAGCCUCUAAGGAUGGAAAGAAGCAAAAGGCCACUGGUGUAAAAAAUGACAAGAAACCACAGGCCUCGAAAAAAACAAAACUGGGUGCAGCCAAAAAUGGAGGCAGACAACUCUCCCUCAGCUCCUUCUUCAAGGCAGUGAAAGAGGAAUCUUGAUGCAGAUGUGUGUGUGUGAAAGUCCUGCAUGGUGCCUUUCCAUGCAUAUGAGUUCUCCUGCAUUCUUUUGGUGCCACAGGAACUAAAUACAAAAUGCCAUCAAAUUAUUUUAAAGAGAUCAGUUUUUAAAUUUUUAUAACAUGAAGCAAAAGCAACAAAAAAAAUCAACAUAUUAAUCAUUUGAUAUUCCUGUAGGGACUUGUAUUUUAUUACUGUGUAGACUUUUACUUUUUCAUCUGUAUGACAUCCUAAACAUUACAUCAUCAUACUGUCAUCAUUAUAUGUAAGAUAAUUUUGUUACCACAAUAAAAUUGUAAUUUUAGGAGGGAAAGAGUUUAUUUUGGAUAACAGUGCCCAGUUCAGAUUCACACUCAAGACAAACACCAGGCUUAGUCAUCUUCCAAUCAAAACCAAGAUUUAUCAAGUAUUUUACAUUUUUUUGUAUCAAAAAAAAUCUCUUGUGUUACAAUUAAAUUAAAUUUGUUAUUACAACAUACCAAUUUAUUUUGUAUCAUUUUUUUUGUGAUCAGUUGGUCUGUCCUUAGUUUUCAAAGGUUAUUAUAACAAGAAAGUUGAAGUUGUAUUUAGCCCAAAAUCAGAAAUCGACAGUGACUUCUUUGAGUAAUGCUUGGGUUAAUGUGUCAUAUUCUAAUUCUGCUGAGCUCAUAUAAUGGUAUGCUCUUUGGUGGAGCUUAUACAGAGUAAAACAUCAGUUUGACUGCUUGGCGUUAUGUCUCACUAUUCAGCUGGAAGACCUGCAUGGAUAUAUGUCGUCGUCCUGGAUUAAUGUUCACUGUGAUUUUCUCAUCAAUCUACCUCUGGUCCUGAACUGUCAGCAGGUUUAACACAGCCAUGAAAAACUGCUUUAAAUAAAACUCACCAGUGGAGGGGUGGAGGAAGUAUUCAGAUCUUUAAUAACACACUGUAAAAAAAAAAAAAAAAACUCCAUUACAGAUAAAUGUCCUGCACUUAAAAAUGUUGCUCAAAUAAAAGUAUAUAAUUGAUUAAUUAACACGGACAAAUGCGCAUAUGAGUGACUUUCUUACACUAUAAUAUUAGAUUAGUAUCAGUGUGUUCACAUGCAUGUUACUGUACCAGGUUUUGUUUUUUUUAUCAUAUUCAGAUGAUACAUGAUCAUAGCUCUAAUUAGAUUUCUGAUCAUCUGUGUGCAGGUGUGUCAUGAUUUCUAAACAUCUCGGCUUCUUAUUUUAACCAACAGAGACUGUUCACAAAGCUAGUAAAGGUGUUUACAUGCCACACUAUCCUGGAUUUUAUCAGGUAACACAUCCAGGCCAUAUCCAGGUUUCUGAAACCAGAUUAUGGUGUGUUAAGGAUGUUUUAUCCCACCAACAGUCAAUUCUGCAUUUUUUUGAAUUCUCUCUUAAAUAUAAACAAAGUAAAAAUACCUCAGAUUUGUACUGAAGUGCAGUUCUUCAGUAAAUGUACUAUCUAUACUGUCUAUACGUAUCCUUCGAUGGACAAGAAGGUGCUUUUAUUUCAUUAGAAAGAUAUAUGCAGUAGAAUAAAUAUAUGACAGAAGAUAAGGAAUAAAUAAAAAGUAAAAUCAUUUAGGAGGGAAACAGCGCCCACUACUGUGCUGAACAAGUAACCAACUGAACCUGUUAGAGAACAUUCAUUAGGAAAAAAGGGGGCAGGAAGUGAUCUAAAUCUUCUCAAUACUUUCUCCAUUUACAAUCCACUUACAAAUCUCAGAAUUCUGAGUUUAACGUCAGAGUUCUAAAAAGAGGAAAUAAAGAAAAAAGAAAAGAAAAUUCACAUGUGGCCCUAAUGCAGAAAAAUGUUUAUGGAAAAGUAAGAAUUCUGAGUUUAAAGUAUAGUAAGGUAAAAAAUAUUCACAUGUGGCCCAAAUCGUCUUCCGUAAAUUCCACAUUGUUUAGUUUGUUUUUGUUCACCCUUUGGUUUCUGGUGUUGCUGCUCGCUCCAGUCCGUCUCAAAUCACUGAUCGCUGAUCACAGCACGGGGAUCUGGGUGUGACCAAACUUGGGGGCGUGCUGAAAUUUGUACGUAUUUGUCCAACAGCUCCAGAUAGUGUCCAAAGGUUCUGCAGCGUUGCUAACUGCUGAAACACCGUUUGCAAGGUCAGAAGCCGAAGCCGGAGUAACCGGAGAGGACCCACACAGGCAUAAGGAGAACAUACAAGCUCCACACAAAAACACCCCUG